GGGGGUCGGUGUGUGAGGACAGAAGUCAAAGAGCGACUUUGCAAGAGAAAGAACAUCUGCAAACAAGAUGCUUUUCCUGCAACUUGUGCUGUUGGUGGUUCUCCUCCCAGGGGGUGACAGCGAAGAUGGUGAGAGCUCAGGUCCUGCCCAGUGGGCGCACGUGUGCAUGUGUGUGUUUGUGUGUGUGUGUGUGUGUAUGUUUUUAAGUGCUUUUGUGCAUCUGUGUGUUUGUGCAUGUGAGGAACUGGGAGUAUGCAUGUUUGUAUAUCUGUGUUUGUAUAUGCAUAUGGGUGUGUAUUUCUGUGUGUCGGUGUGUGUGCUUGUGGCAUGUUUCCACACAUACUUGAGGAUGAGAGAGUCAGCCUGCUUCCUCCCCGAGCAUCCCCAGCCCCAGGGCCCUGUGCUCUCCAGAAGGAUGGGUGCGAGGCUCAGGCUCUGGGGCAGCAGGUGUCUCCUGAGACGACUAUGGCUUCUCUGUCCUCCAGAUUUUGGGUCCCGUCCCCGGCCCCGUAGUCUCCACUCCCUCUCCUUCCCAAUGUCCUCCUCUUCCUCAGUCUAUCUGUCCUUUCCCACAGACUUCCAGGAGCUAAUCUCCUUCCAGAUCAUCCUGACCACAUCCUUUUACAGCCGUUCCUGGACACAAAACGUAGGCUCAGUUUGGCUGGAUGAGCUGCAGACUCAUGGCUGGGACAGUGACUCUGGCACUUUCACAUGCAUGUGGCCUUGGUCCAGGGGCAAUUUCAGCAACAAGGAACUGAUGGAAGAACAAAGAUCAUUCCAUACAUUCUCCAUUAGAUUUCCUCUGAUAUUUCAGGAUCAUUUCAGUGAAUGGCAGCUUGAAUAUCCCUUUCAGGUACAAGCAGCAAAAGGCUGUGAGCUGCACAUUGGAGAAACAUCAGUAGGAUUUAUGCGAAUUGCCUAUCAAGGGGAAGAUCUUGUGUUUCCAGAACAAGUCAUGGUGGCCAUCUCCAAACGGAGGAAGGAGGGCUCAGCAGGUGUCCAGACUACUCAAUCAAUACCACGUGAUCAAUUGAGGCCCGAGGCCUGGCUGUCCACUGGCCCCAGCCCCAGGCCUGACCAUCUGCGGCUGGUGUGCCAUGUCUCUGGCUUCUACCCCAAGCCUAUGUGGGUGACGUGGAUGCGGGGUGAGCAGGAGCAACAGGGCACCUGGCGAGGUGACGUCCUGCCCCAUGCUGAUGGGACGUGGUACCGUCAGGUGUCCUUGGAUGUGAAAGUCAAGGAGACAGCUGGCCUGUCCUGCCGUGUGAGACACAGCAGUCUAGGAGGCCAGGACAUAGUCCUCCACUGGGGUGAGAAAGAGCUGGGCCCGGCUGGGAAAGGGGUUAUUGUGCUCCUGGUGUUCCUGGCAGGCCUGGCGUGGUGA